AUGUCCAGAUUAUGGAUGGACCAAAUGUACGAAGAUCCAGUUCAUACAUCUUUUUGCAUAGGCGCUUCUCUUCACUGGUGCAAUCGGUUAAUGUCGAAAAGAGACUUUCUUGAGCUCAUUACGACGAUUCUCGACCCGUCAGUUUGGGUCCUUGAUGAUGAUAUCGAAUGGAAGACGCAGCAGUUCAUCUCCAUCAGCUAUUUAUCCAUGCGACUUUUGGACGAAAUAGAGGACGAAAUCAUCAGAGACAUCGUGAUAAACAUCGCCAUGGAUACAAAUCACCCGCUGAGCCUUAUCAAAUCGUUGUCAGCGCAAAAGGUCGAGAUGCCACUGAAUGGGAAGCUAUAUUUUCUGAAAAUCUGUUCUCAGAUCGGCUGUGACAAUAUGUACCCCAGCAUUAGGGCAUUGCUACCAAAGGGAAUCUUCUUGAAGCUUGGAAAAGAGUUUGCUAUGAUCGAAGAACAAUUUAUUGAUCGCGUCAUUCGCCUGGACAGACUUUUAGAUACACAACUUGGCAAUUGGAGUGAGGAAACUUUUGAAGUAAUAGGAGAUGUAAUCUUCAAAUUGAUCCUGGAAACAGUUUCUUUAACGACGCACGGGAGAACAUUCAAAGAAUACGCCAAAAAUCCCGGCCGAUUUGGGCUGUUGUUCGCGCUUGAUUUCGCCAGCAGAAACGAAGAUGAGCAAUUCUGUUUGACCUGUCUUGAAAACAUCGAAUCAAGUAGCGACUUGGACGAUCCUCUGGGUUAUUUGGUCUAUCUUGCUGUUAGCAUGAAGAUGUCAUACAAACCAGAUGGGGAAAGAUUGCGUAGAUGGGCAAAGAAACGGAUUUCAUAG